AAAACACUACAGAGAAGAAGACAUUUGCACAAAAAGCGUGACGUGGUACACACUAUAUCUCAAAAAUGAAUGACCGACAUGUUUUUAGUUGAUGAUAGUUUAAUCAAAUAUUUAUCAAAAUGAUGCAGUUUAUGUUACUGUUCAGCCGACAGGGCAAACUGCGGCUUCAGAAGUGGUAUGAAGCUCACACAGACAAGCAGAAGAAGAAGAUAACCCGAGAAUUGGUUACCAUGGUGUUGUCAAGAAAGCCAAAGAUGUGCAGUUUCCUCGAGUGGAAGGAUCUGAAAAUAGUUUAUAAAAGAUAUGCUAGUCUGUAUUUCUGCUGUGCUAUUGAGCCGGAGGACAAUGAGUUGCUGACGUUGGAGAUAAUCCACCGAUACGUUGAACUUCUCGACAAGUACUUUGGUAGUGUGUGUGAACUUGACAUAAUCUUCAACUUUGAGAAGGCAUACUUCAUGCUGGACGAGUUUCUCCUCGGAGGUGAGGUCCAGGAGACUAGCAAGAAGAACGUUCUCAAGGCCAUCGCCGCUCAGGAUCUUUUGCAAGAGGACGAGGCUAUAGAAAGUGCACUAAAGGAGUAUGGAUUAACAUAAUCGUCACUUUUGUCCAUUCAUCUGCCAAGGAGGAAACCCCACAAGGCUUCUUUGAGGACCACGGAUUAGGCUGAGAUGGCUGCAUGGUCACAUGACUGUCACAUGAUCUCCAUUUUAGGAAUAGCAAAAAACAAGCAAAAAAAACAACAAAACAAACAAACAAUAGACUUGGUUUACUUUGUUGGUGAAAUUAAUGUGCCACUUUGAAAAACUCCUUACCCAAAGCAUGGCGGUUCACCUAUUUUCUUUUCAUCAUCGAUGUAUUGUGUGUUUUUCACUUUGUUGAAUAUUAUUAUUAUUAAGCUUUUUCUUUGUUAUUUUGUUAAUAUAUUUUUUGGUGCCGACUUUUUAUUCUUAUUUUUUCAUUUGGUGUUUGUUAUUAAAAAAAAGUAUUAUUGAUGCUUUUAUUUAUCUGCAUUCAUGACAGUGACUAAAUGCAGUUAAAGUACAUUCCAGUUAAAAGAUAUUAGUUUUAUUAAUUUUGUAAACAUUAGUUAGUGUGAUUUGGUUUUAAAUGUACCGUAUGUAUGGCGUAAUUGUUGUAUUCAAUAAGCUCUCCAUUUCAGUUUAUAUGAAAUGUUUAUUACUGUUGUUGUUGACACAAAAUGGGAUGCACUAUAACUUAAUUGUUCUGGGUACAGUUAUGCAGGGUUGAUACAGGAAUUUUAAAAGGGGCUGUGUUCAGUUAUGUAGAGUGGAUGCAAGGAUUUGAAAGGGGGUGAUACCUUUUAGUGGGCUAAGCACUGGGUUUUGAGCACAUGCUGACCCUACAUUUUGGACUGAUACCAGUGGUGGAUCCAGAAAAUCCAUUUGGGGGUGGGGUGGGUGGGGGUGGAUUCCAAUGACCAAAGGCCACAAACAUUCCCAAAGGGAUUUCACAGAUUCUCUCAUUAAAAAAAAUGAAAAUGAAAAUAUAACACUCACAAACUUUAGGGUGGGUCCAGUUCCCCAUGGGGGUCCCCCUUUAGAUCUGUCACUAGAUACAUCAAAGGUAGUAAACAAUGACUGACAAAAUGGGGGUGGGUGGGAAGUUCUCCUCAGUAACUUCUUGGUCACUGCAUUAAUACACUGUGGUACCGAUCUGAACAUCACAUAUAAAACUGUAAUAGAAGGGAAAGUGUUAGACUUUGUCUGACCAGUAGUUUGUAAAAUACACUGAUCAACAAAAGAACCGCAAAUAUUAAUUCAGUUUUCCUUUUUUUCUUUUUAAGUUAUUCCGAUUAAAUCUCGUUAGUUUUUGUGUGUAUUACAAUUACCAUUUGUGUUGUGAACAUUUUGGGUCUCUUUUUUUUUUUUAAAGUCUGUUUAUCAAAUUAAUUUUGUGAUGAAAUAUAAAUAUAUAUAUAUAUAUAUAUAUAUAUAUAUAUAUAUAUAUAUAUAUAUAUAUAUAUUUAUUUGAGUUUACAAGUCAGUGUAACAUUUUAGAUAGUGACAAAACAAGCCAGCUCCUGCCAUAUUGAUUACUUGUGAUUGGCUGCAAAGUAUUUUUUUCAUAUAUACAUCAUGUAUACCAUUGCCAUCACCUUUAAUAUACUGGUAAUCAAGUACUGGUUGGAAUGGGAAAUCCUUGAUGCAGGGGGAUACUUCAAUCAGGAAAGUGCUCCAUUCACUGAACCAUAUCUUGCACAUACAGUUUGCAUAUUGGCACAUGUAACCUUGUGACCACUGAGAUCAGUAUGUUGUAACUGGGCAACCUCUGAGGCUAGUAUGUUGUAACCUGGCAACCUCUGAGGCUAGUAUGUUGUAACUGGGCAACCUCUGAGACUAGUAUGUUGUAACUGGGCAACCUCUGAGACUAGUAUAUUGUAACUGGGCAACCUCAGACUAGUAUGUUGUAACCUGGCAACCUCUGAGACUAGUAUGUUGUAACCUGGCAACCUCUGAGGCUAGUAUGUUGUAACCUGGCGACCUCUGAGGCUAGUAUGUUGUAACCUGGCGACCUCUGAGGCUAGUAUGUUGUAACCUGGCAACCUCUGAGGCUAGUAUGUUGGUAUUUUGGCACAUCAAUAUUUUCAAAAUGUCAGUUGGUUUGAUGAUCAUUAUAAUUACUUGUAUUCAGUGAAGAAACAAAAAAGACAGGGGUGGGGGGAUAUAUAUAUAUAUAUAUAUAUAUAUAUAUAUAUAUAUAUAUAUAUAUAUAUAUAUAUAUAUAUAUAUAUAUUCAUGUGAUCUUAUUUUACAUGCAUCACAUUGUCUUGAAAGUGGAGUUGGUUGUGAACUGGUUCAAUUAAUGCUUAUUAAUGCUUUCUUGGAUGUCAGAAAGUUAAUUUAAUGUUUAUUUUGAUAAAUUAUUUUACAAGAUAAAAUGAUUAUUGUUUUGCUUACUUAUGAUCUAAUGUCAUUUGGUAAAUGUGUUUUGGUUGACAGCUUAAGUUUCAUUCUUGAAAUAGCCAAUCAGUAGAUGUACAUCAUGUAUGCGUAUGUAUAUUUCAAGCAAGAAACAAUAAGUAACUGACUAUGUACGGUAAAUACUUUGUCACCAUUUCAUUGUUUUGCUUUAAUGUGUUACUUUUCCGAUAUAAGCAUCAACUGUUACAUUUACUUGUAGCUCUGUUUCGUUUUGGUUUUGUUUAGCUCAAUUUUUUACCAAAUGUAAGGGUUAGAUAAAUGAAAUUUGGUUUAUAGUAGCAUUUGUGAAUGUUCAUCUCUAUGUUAAAAAUUUUUUUUAAAUGUACCACAGUGAAACUCCUUUAAACUGGACAUCCAUGGGACCAAGUAAAAAGUCUGGGUCUUUUGGGGUAUCUGGCUUAAAGAGGUUAUGUUCUGUACAUUUAAAAGGGACCAUGAAAAACAUCCAUAUUUGAAAGAAUUCUGGUUUACAGAGGGUCUGGUUUUGAAGGGGUUUCACUGUAUAUUAAAUUUAAAUAAAAAAAUAAAAAUAUAUAUAUAUAUAAAAUAAAAAAAUACUGAAUGUUACAUAAGAGAUUAACUCUUUGUUUGUCCAAUCAGUUUAUGAUAGGUGAAAUGUAAUACUAUGGAAUGCUUGUUUUUGUUCCAUCCAACUUGUACUUGGUGUUAUGCACUUACAUGACAUAAAUAAAUAAACACGAGGUGAGAA